AUGCUCCGUCGCAGCCUGUCUCGCUUCAGGCCGGUUAUCGUGACGGCCACCGAGGCGCUGAGGGAUAUAAAGGAUGGUGCCGUCAUCGCUCUCGGCGGCUUUGGCCUUUGUGGCUUCCCGUUCGAGCUACUGGAGAAGCUAAACCAGAUGGGCACAAAGCAGCUUACUCUCGUCGCCGGCACGACGUCAGGACCUGAAAACGGCACCGGGCCGCUUGCGCGUGAUAGGCAGAUUGCGAAGGUCAUCACCAGCUACGUUGGUGAGAACAGCGUCCUCGCAGAACGGCUCCUGAAUGGCGAGUUUGAAAUCGAGUUUUGCCCCAUGGGCACGCUGGUGGACCGGCUGCGCGCCGCGGGUGCUGGGCUGCCCGCCUUCUACACCCCCACCGGCUACGGCACGGCCGUGUCGGAGGGUCGCCUUCCUGUGCGCUUUGUGCCGGGCAGUCCCAUGAGGGUCGCCGAGUACAGCCACCCGCGCGAGACGCGGCAGUUCAGCGGGCGGUGGUGCACGCUGGAGACGGCGCUGCCAGCGGACUUUGCGCUUGUGCGUGCGUGGAAGGCGGACAAGCGCGGCAACCUCGUGUUCCGCGGGACGACGCAGAACUUCAACCUUGCGUGUGCGAAGGCCUCGAAGGUGUGCAUUGCGGAGGUGGAGGAGAUUGUGGAGUGCGGGGAGCUGGACCCGAAGACGGUGCACCUGCCCGGCGUGUAUGUGCACCGCCUGGUGUGCCCACCGCGCAUCAGGAGAGCUGCCGAGUUCGUGGUGGAGCGCAAGGCUGGGCUCUCCUCUGGAACUGGCAAGGACGCCCUUGCAGCCCGCAACGUCAUAGCCCGCCGCGCCGCGCUCGAGAUCAAGGAUGGCAUGACGCUGAACCUUGGGAUCGGCAUCCCCAACUUGGUGGUGAACUACAUCCCGGACGAGAUGGAUGUGGUUCUGCAGGGGGAGAACGGGCUGCUCGGCAUUGGCCCGUACCCGCUGCCGGAGGAGGUCGACCCCGACGUCACGAACGCCGGCAAGCAGACCGUCACGAUGAGCAAGUCGGGCGCUUCGCUGUUUGACAGUGCCGAGUCCUUCAGCAUGAUCCGCGGCGGUCACUUGGACUUGACCAUGCUGGGUGCCCUACAGGUCUCGAGCAGCGGCGACAUCGCCAGCUGGUGGGUUCCCGGCAAGGUGCUGCGGGCCUCAAUGGCAAGUGAAGCCUCGGGGGGGGGGGUUGCGGUAUGCUGUUGCCUCUGUGCUCGUGUGGAUGAGAGAAGUGUAGGACGUCUUUCACCCCUUUUUUUUCUGCUUUGUUUUGAGUUUCUCGACGCAGAGUUUGCGUCCGUGUCAUCUCUUCGGGGAAAGACAGGUGACUGCCUCGUGUAGCGAAGAAAUGGUGUUUUUUUUUUUCGUUCUCUUCGCCUUGGUGGUGCGUUUUGUCUGUACCUGCGCUGCGCUGUACUCCCUUCGAUUCAGCGUUUUGUUUUUCCUUUCCUGGGGUGUGCUGGCUGGGACUGA